AUGUCGUCUGCCGCAGCCCUCGUGGAGUCGGCCAAGAAGUCGGCCGCCUUCCAGGCCGUCCACGACCACCUCCUCCCCGAGUACAAGUAUGUCGGGAUUGGUUCCGGCAGCACCGUCGUCUACGUUGUCGAUGCCAUCGUCAGCAAGGGCCCCGAGUUCUACGGUGGAAUGACCUUUAUUCCCACCGGCAGCCAAUCCAAGGGUCUCAUCCGCAAAGCCGGCCUCACCCUUGCCAACCUCGAUGAGCGUCCUGUUGUCGAUGGCAAGCCCGUGGCCCUCGAUGUCGCCUUUGACGGCGCUGACGAGGUUGAUGAGGACCUGAAUCUCAUCAAGGGCGGCGGUGCUUGUUUGUUCCAGGAGAAGCUGGUUGCCAUUGCUGCCAAGAGAUUCAUUGCUGUCGCUGACUACCGCAAGCAGUCCCCCCGCCUCUGCACCACCUGGAAGACCAUCCCCAUCGAGGUCCUCCCCCUUGCUGCCCCUGACGUCCUCCUCCGCCUCCGCGAGAUGGGCUCGCCCUCCCCGGCCGUCCGCUCCGGUCUCCCCAGCAAAGCCGGCGAGUGCGUCACCGACAACGGCAUGUGGAUUAUCGAUGCCCCCUUCUCGCCCCUGCUGCUGUCUAAGGACGUCACCGCCGAGGUCGAGGGCCGCGGGAAGGACGGCGUCUGGGAGGUCAAGGCGCUCGCCGACGAGCUCCUCAGGCUGCCCGGCAUUGUCGAGAUUGGCCUGUUCCACGGCUUCAACGGCGAUGAGGCCGUCAAGCUCGGAAAGCAAUUGCAGGCGCAGAAGCCCGUUGCCGCCUACUUUGGUCUGGCCAAUGGAGAGGUGCAGGUGCAGAACGCCGUUUGA